AUGAAGCAAUCGUUCGCACGAUCAUAUGUUAUUUUAGCUCUCAUUCUCAAUCUGAUAUCGUUCAUAUUGAGUUUGAUUGCAUAUCAUCUACCAAAUUGGAAAUAUGUUCAAUUGCGUCCAACAUUUACGCCAAUAAUAUUAUCAGAUAAUACUCCAAUGGAUCCAUUAAUACGUGGCGAAGUUGAUAAAUAUGUUGAUACACUUUAUCAUCGAGGUGAAACUCAUUCAUUUGGCUUGUUAAUUCAUUGUAUUACUGGUGAUGAAUGUGGAAAAAAUUAUUUACCUUCGUUUGAAGAAACAAAUUAUGGUUUAUGUCAUAACAUAAAUUAUCAUCGUCAAUGUAUAUUUUCCAAUAGAUUAUUAGCAACUAGUGAAAAUAACUAUGAUAAUAAAUGUGCAUGUCAACAACCGUUUUACGCUAAAAUCAUACAUAAAUUAUUAAUUAUUUUAAUUAUUCUUGAACUUCUAUUUAUCUUUGUUAAUACUCUUCGUUUGUGUCGUCGUCAUUGUACAAAACAUUGUCUAAAUGAUAUUCAACUUCGUCUUAUAUCGCUUUUAUCAUCAAUAUUUUCAUUAUUAUUUCUCAUUAUAAUUAUAAUACAGUAUAAUAGCAAUCGCCUUACUGAACCAUUGGAAUUCUUUGAAUCAAUGCGUCGUCAUUAUUCUCGUAUACAGAUCUAUACGUUUUCAAAAGAUCUAGAAAUAAUUAUUCAACAAUUUGAAAAUGCUUUAGACUUUCGUAUGGGCGCAUCCUAUGUAUCGAUAAUGAUCAUAUUAUUCUUAACAUUCAUAUCAUUUUUAACAUCGAUAACAGUUGAAAUAAAAAUUUCCACAACGAAAUCAUCAUCAUUGACACUCAACGAGGACGAAGAAAAGAAAAAUGAUUUUAUUCAAAAUCAUGAAAAUCAGAUAUCAUUACCGACGGAACGUUUUAUACCAUCGGGACGUUUGGAACCAUCGGACCAUUUCCUACCACUAAAACGUUUUGUACCAUCGGACGAAAUUCGAUUUAAACGACAAACAAAAGUUUAG